AAAAUGUGCUCUAACCACGUGAAGCUAAACUCACGAUUAUUCAGGGAUCAAGAUAUCAAAAUAGCAUGGGAGUAUGAUUAAAAUUCGACGAUAGUAUGCUUCAUAGAAAUUUGAAAUAAUAUAUCGGGUAUUCUGAAAACUGCUACAGUUGCAUAAAUAUAAAUAUAUACAUCAAUUACGGAAUUACAAAACAUUAAUUAAGGGAACUAAACAACAACCCUAAACAGACGUCAAAUUAUUUGUUUACCUUUGUGGAUUGAUAGCAAAAGAACAGCUGAUUUUUUGUUUUUAUUGUUACAAGCGAAGUGUAAUAAACAAAUGAGUUAUAUUUUUGAGAAAAAAUGCGAAUAUGUAUGGUGACGGAUUUUUUCUAUCCAAGUAUAGGCGGUGUGGAGGAACACGUUUUCAAUUUAUCGCAAAUAUUGUUAGCCCACGGACAUAAAGUCAUUGUGCUAACACAUUCUUACGGUGAUUGCAAAGGGAUACGAUACUUAACAAAUGGAUUAAAAGUCUAUUACUUGCCAAUUAAACCGUUCUACAAUCAAUGUAUACUGCCAACAAUAUUAUGUCAAAUACCUCUGAUACGUUGUGUGCUUUUGCGCGAGUGUAUCGAAGUUGUGCAUGGCCACUCGGCAUUCAGCACUUUGGCACAUGAAGCUAUGAUUAUUGGAAACAUGCUAGGUUUAAGGACAGUCUUUACAGAUCACAGCCUCUUCGGUUUUGCUGAUUUGUCAGCUGUUUUUACUAAUAAAAUGUUGCAGAUUAAUUUAUCGAAUGUAAAUCACUGCAUUUGUGUUUCUCAUAUUGGGAAAGAAAAUACAGUAUUGCGAGCGCGCAUACCAAAGGAAAAAGUUUCUGUCAUUCCGAAUGCAGUUGAUACUGCUUUAUUUACGCCAGACCCCAGCAAACGUCCAACGGAUGGCACAAUUAACAUUGUUGUUGCAUCCCGCCUUGUAUACCGUAAAGGAAUCGACUUGUUAGCUGGCGUUAUACCACGCUUCAGGCAUACACAUAAUAUACAUUUUAUUAUAGUAGGCGAUGGACCGAAACGAGAUCUCUUGGAGGAGGUGCGUGAAAAGAACAAUAUGCAAAAUCGUGUUGAAUUGAUAGGAGCAGUUGAACAUUCACAAGUUCGCGAUAUUCUUGUGCGAGGGCACAUUUUCGUCAAUACCUCGCUAACGGAGGCCUAUUGUAUGGCAAUAGUAGAAGCAGCGUCAUGUGGUCUGCAAGUAGUAUCCACUCGUGUGGGUGGUAUUCCUGAAGUAUUACCAUCGAAUUUAAUAAUACUCACAGAACCUGAAGUUGAUUCAGUUUAUCAAGGUGUUAUCAAAGCACUUAACCGUCUUGCAAAAUUUUCCAAUAUGCAAAAGGGGCAUAUAGUGGAAACAAAUGUGGAUAAAUUGUCCUAUAGGAAUGGUAACGUAGAAAAUGGUUUUACUACUAUUUCCAAUUCAAAAAAGCGAAAAAAGUCUUUCGAUCUGCAUAUGAGAAGGGAGACGAAAAAUAAUGGAUAUCUUGCCAAUAUAGAUAAUGUGGAAGCUGUACUUUGCCCAUAUAAAUGCAACGAAAUCGUGUCGACAUUGUACAACUGGGAGAAUGUAACACAACGAACGGAAAAAGUAUAUACGCGCGUUUUGGCUGAACCUGAGAAAUCACUUGGUGACCUACUCUACGGAUAUUUGCGCAGUAAGGUCUGGCCAUUCCUUUUGAUCAUAUCUAUGGCUCAUGUUAUAUUACUAUUUUUGGAAUACAUACGUCCACGUCGAUAUAUGGAAAAAGCUAAAGAACUAACGCUUAUGAGAAAACAGUAAACUAUUUUUAUUUUAAAUUCCAUACAUAUUGAUAUACACCGAGUGCGGCUAACUCCGAUAAUUUUUCUUAAACCAAAAUAAAAUAAAUCUACACAAGAGGAAAUAUAGCAGUAUUAAAUGCUGGCCACUAGUGCAACUGUGCUGGAAUAUAAUUAGUGGUAUAUUCUAUACCUCCGACACUACUAAAUUUUGUUCUUAAAAUAUUCUCUUAAUCAUUGGAUUAAUAAAAAGUUUGCAAAGUUUCCAUUUUAAUUUAUAAUAAUAAUAUUUUAGCAACUAUCAAAUCAACAGAUGGUAUAUCUUUAAUCAUUUUUAUUGUGUCAUAAUAAUUUGUUUAAUAAAAUAAAUUCAUAAAUCCGGGUUAAUGGAUCUAAAUA